AUGUCGACAAACGAGACUUUUUACCUGCGUUACUACUCAGGUCACUCUGGGCGGUUCGGGCAUGAGUUUCUAGGUGGGUUCCCUCUCCUCUCCGAAGCGUAUCAAUGGGCUGACUUUGUUUCAGAAUUCGAUUUCCGUACCCUUUCCGAUGGUAACAGCGCCGCUGUCCGAUAUGCGAACAACUCCAACUACCGCAAUGACUCCCUCAUCCGCAAAGAGAUGUGUGUGAGCUCAGCCAUGAUCGCAGAGAUCAGGCGCAUUAUCAAGGAAAGCGAGAUCAUGAAGGAGGACGACUCCAAGUGGCCGCAGAAGAACAAGGAUGGACGCCAAGAGCUGGAGAUCCGACUAGGCAGUGAGCACAUCUCAUUUGAGACCGCGAAAAUCGGCUCAUUGGUGGAUGUGACGGAGUCGGCUGACCCUGAAGGACUGCGGGUAUUCUAUUACCUUGUCCAGGACCUGAAGGCGUUGAUCUUUUCGCUCAUUUCGCUCCACUUCAAGAUCAAGCCCAUCUAA